GCCACCAACCUCGCGUCCAGAAGAAGAAGAGGAAGAAGAAGGGAGAGAAGGGAAGAGUGUUUGAUGGCGGGUUUGAGUGUCCUUUUGGAAGCCCAGAAGAACUCCCCAAAGAACACCCAAAUCCUCAUCAAGACCUCCGUCCUCCGAAACUCUUCUCUCUCCUCCAUUCCAUCUCCAAUCCCCCCUCCUCCCAAUUCCUUCCCCAUGACAAGCCCUUUCCUGAAGUUCUGCUACCUCUGCCGCGGAAGACUCCAAGAAGGGAAGGACAUCUACAUGUACAGGGGUGACAGGGCAUUCUGCAGCGUGGAGUGCCGGUGCAAGCAGAUAUGGAUGGACGAGGAGAGCGGGAGGAGGGACAACUGCUCCCUCGCCGCCGCGGGUGCCGGAGCGCCGGCGUCGCGCCACCGGGGGCGGGCGGUGGCCGGGAAGGGGCGGGCGGUGGCCGGUGGCUUCGCGUACUGAGGCCCCCGGGGACUGGAGGAGCCCAUGGUUUUGUGAUUUUGGGGUGUACUGGCUACUAGCUUGUAGUACAAAAAUCCAAUAUAUUGUAUGUUGGUGGGAGAAGUAGAUUGCUGGAUCGAAUAAUUGCAUUGUAGGGUUUGUACUUGAGAGAAACAAUAAAGGACGUUCAUUAGAUUUCACUUU